UCCUGGAGUUUGUUUUUGCCGGGAGAGGUCGCAUGCUUUAACACAGCUAUGAGUUAGAAGAGUCUUUCUUGCGAAGUACAAGGACACAACCUUGCAUCGGUCAUGUAGGAACAUCUAAGAACUGUUAACAGCAACUGAGCUUUUGGGGAAACAUCAUCCAGCUCUUAUAAAUGCGUAAAUGUGCUUUUGUUAGCCGGUGUUUUGGUUUCGAGCCGUCGAGAAACCCAGCCCGACACAGAAGAGCUGCAUACACCAAAUCAUGUCUGCAGAGGUGAUGAUGCAGUCCUGCCUCAUGGACCGGAGCAGCAGCUUUUUUAAGCUGAUUGACACAUUCUCCUCGGAGAUCUCAGAGCUAAAGCAGGAGAUGGUUCAGCCAGCCAGAGAGCCGGAGACAGAGAUCUUACAGGGUCUGGAAGGAGAGGUGAGUGGUCUGUUCCUGCAGUCUUCUGCCUGCGCUGGUGCGCCUGGAGUGAGGGACUCUGGGUAUGACUCUCUACGCAGACGCAUGAGCAUCCUAGACAGAUUGAUGCAGACACACUCUGUAUGGUUGCUGCUGUCACUCAGCGAUGAGGAAGCCAGACGCAUUCUGCAGCCGCAGCCGGCAGGGAGUUUUGUGGUGAGGAGGUGUUAUAAAUUGCAGAAAAAGGUGAUUUCCCUGCGGAUGGACAGUGACACGCUGAUUGUUCGGGACUUCCCUGUUAAAGAGAGCCAAUAUACUUUUUCCCUGGAGGGCUCAGGGAUCAGCUUUGCAGACCUCUUUCGACUGGUGGCGUUCUGCUGUAUCAGCAGGGACGUUCUGCCCUUCACCCUGAAGCUCCCUGAGGCCAUCGCAGCUGCAAAGACCCUCACAGAUCUGGAGGAAGUGGCUCAGUUCGGAAGAGGUUUCUGGGACUCUGAACUGUGCAAUAAGAAGUCUUCUGAGUCUGGGGAGACUGUUUGUGACAGUCGAAAUCUAAAACAGUUGGGCAUUAAUUUCUCCCCAAGAGUCCCGGGCAUCCCAUUCACUCGGACCCCUUCUGAACUUGAAUACAGUCAAUCCAACGGAGCGCUGUGCUUCAUCAAUCCCCUCUUCCUGCAGACACACCAAACUAACCCUUCACCCAAAAAGCAAGAAAAAGCCCCGGGUAAUGCAAGUGGCUCUCAGCACCACCACAGUGCUCUGCAUAGAAUAGAUCGCAACAUCUUCUGCCGAACAAGCAGCACACAAAACAAACCACACGCUAGUGUGACUAGAUCCAAGAGUGAGAGAUCCCCACCACCUCGACCCCCACCUCCCUGCUUUGCCUCCGGAAAAUCAGCAGUUCUCCGUAAACAGAAGACCAUGCCUGAGACGGUCUGUUGGAUCAAAACGCCUCAGGAAAAGAGCAGCCUGCUGGGGAGGUUGGGAUCAUCCUUUAGUUCCUUAUCUCCCUCAUCCUCCCCACCCAAAAAGUUCAGUAAGCCCACCCUAGUGCCCUCAUCUCGCAGUAAGAAUUCCUCCGGUCUGCUUGACGCAGACGGCCUCCGCUGCCACAUGGCCCUUGAUGACCAGACCAUUGAGGAAGCCGUGUCUUGGAGCCUGGCCAAGCUUUCUUCAUGCAACUCCACCACCCUAGAGAACUGCAGCCCCGCUGAUGAGCGCUGCUCCACAGGACGAGAGCGUUUGAGCGACCUCAGCAUCUCCACCUCGUCCUCAGAUUCUCUCGACUUCACCCACAGCUUCUCGCUGCCUAUGGAGGCUAGUCCCUCCAGAACUGAACGUCCCACUGGCGACAGCAGCCUGGAGGAGGAAGAAGAGGAAGAAGACGACGGCAUCAACUUGGAGAGCGACCAGGAGGCGCCACCACCCUUCAAGUCAAAAAAGCGGAACGGUGCUGGUACAUUCGUGCUGCCGCGUGCACUGAGAGGACAUUUGCGCAAAAUGAGCGGGGUUCUCAAUUCUCUGAUGACGCCUGAGAGGAGAGCCAUUCGGAAGAUCGUUGAGCAGUCCAGGGAUAAAGGGACUUACUUUGGCUGCCUGGUGCAGGACUAUGUGAGCUUUUUGCAGGAGAAUGGCGGCAGCCACACAUCGGGCUUGGACCUGCUGCAGACUCUCAGGCAGUUCAUGACUCAGAUGAAGUCCUACCUGUUGCAGAGCUCGGAGCUUGACCCACCUAUUGAGUCCCUUAUCCCCGAGGAUCAAAUUGAUCAGGUGAUGGAGAAAGCCAUGCACAAGUGUGUGCUGAAGCCCCUGAAGCCUGUGAUAGAGGCGGCUCUGCAGGACUUCCAGGUGAGCAGCGGGACUUGGCAGCAGCUGAAGGAGAAUCUGGUUUCGGCCAAAGCCAAGCAGCCCCAGGAGAUGGGCGUGGAUGGUGCUCUUCCCCCUGACCACGUGGCCAUAGAGAAGAUUCGCCACAAGUUCCACAACAUGUGCAAGAUGUACUCGCCAGAGAAAAAAGUGUCUCUGCUUCUCAGUGUGUGCAAGCUUAUCUACACCAUAAUGGAGAGCAACUCAGGGAGGAUGUAUGGGGCAGAUGACUUCCUGCCCAUGCUGACAUAUGUGAUGGCCCAGUGUGACAUGCCACAGCUGGAUGCUGAAAUACAGUACAUGAUGGAGUUACUGGACCCAUCACUCCUUCAUGGAGAAGGAGGCUAUUACCUGACCAGUGCAUAUGGGGCAAUGUCUCUCAUCAAGAACUUCCAGGAGGACCAGGCAGCUCGUGUGCUGAGCUCUGAGACCCGGAACACGCUGCACCAGUGGCACCGCAGACGCACAACCCAGCGUUCCACGCCAUCUGUGGAUGAUUUCCAGAACUACUUGCGGGUGGCACUGCAAGAUGCAAGCAAUGGCUGCACAGCCAAAACCCUUCAGGUUCAUCCUUACGCCACAACGGAGGAUGUGUGUCAGAUAUGCGCGGACAAGUUUAAAGUUUCGGACCCGGAGAACUACGCCCUUUUCCUCUUGACAGAUGAAACCACACAGCAGCUGGCCCCGGACACUCAUCCACAGAGGAUCAAGGCCGAACUACAUAGCCGCCCACAGCCACAACUGUUCUUCUUUGUGUACCGCCAGAUCCAAGACCUCACUGUCCCUUCAGACCAGCUCGAUGAAAACACUUUGUCCAACUGAGAGAGCAAACCUGAAUUCAAUCUGGUCCUGUCGAAACUCCUUCUCAGCCCCAUUUAUUCAUCUCCUUCCUUAGGAGCACUGCUAACGUCUCCACUGUUUUGAAAAAAGCUGGAGGGAAGCGGAAAAUGUGCUUAGGGGGAAAUAGGGAAGGAAGGAUGUGUCUGACAGAUGCAGCAUUUUUUAUGCUCUGUCUUCACUAUUUUCAAAACAUUUUGGGAAGUUGCACGCGGCCAUCACGAGAGAAUAGCUGUAUCCAAACUGCAAAUGUUACAUUAUGCCUGUUUAUUUCUUCAUGAAUGCCCAAACAUACACAUUGUAAGCUUUACACAUUCCACAUUGA